CUGUGAGCGCUCGCGGCUGGAACAACUCUCUUCCGAACACCCGAAAAAAACCUGGGAGCUCCAGCCCUCGCGUUGCCAGCCAGCACCAACACCACGUCGCCCGGCCCUGCAACAACCCAUCCAACUUCAUCGCAGCGGGCACGAGUUCUUGGACCGCCGCAUGCAACAAUUGAGCGAUGCCGCCUAGGGUACCCGGUGCGAGCGGCUCGCUCGCGUCUCUCGACACGGCCCUCCUCGCGUCCUCGUCGUCUACCUCGCAAUGUGCGCGACGCACCUUUUCGACAACGCCGGCGACAUGCAUGUCGCGUCGUCGCUAUGAGAUGCACAAGUGGCUGAACGAGAACGCAGCCCGGCUCUAUGACCAGAGCUCGCCUGGGCCGCGGUACCUCGGUGCCUACAGCGAUCAGCCCUUCCCCAACAACUCGCUCUUUCGGAGUCAACCUGUCCUGUCGGACAUGCUCAAGGAGGAGAUCUACAACAGGAUUGUGGUCAAGGGCGACGCCAUCAAGAGUGUCAGUCGCGAAUUUGGCGUCGACGUGAGGAGAGUGGGCGCCGUUGUCCGGCUGAAGGAGGUGGAGAAGCGCAUGAUUGCAGAGGGCAAACCGCUGGCUACCCCCUAUGCGCGUGCAAUUAACUCCAUGCUCCCCCAGACGCGGUUGCCUACACCUGGCUCUGACGAGAAGCCGAUUCCCCACGAGUCCAUCAACGAGAUUCCUGUGCAUCGACACACCCGACGCCAGCUCUUUGUCCCCGUGUCUGAGUCACGGCACUUUACCCGUGCCGACGCCGCGCACGCGUUUGACGAGAACCUCCUACCUGUCGACGAGAGAUCGUUCCACCAGGAACUCAUCACGGCAGAGCGCAAGAUUGUCACAGGCGAGCAGGAUCGCGGCGAGGCGAUGAAGGCGUGGGAGCUGGACGUGCAGGCCACGGAGGAAGCACACGCGGCCAAGGUGGGCGAGCAGCUCGAGAAGGAGAGGAGCCGCGUCAAGAGCUACGAGACGGGGCGGGCGGCGUACCGAAUCAAGGAUGUCAGCGUGGACGACGCGGGUCGUGACGGCAAGGGCCCCAGGGCGAGUGGCUGGCGGUACGGCGCGCCGCACAUGGACCGCAAACGGGGUGCGGUCAAGAUUCCGACGUCUGUCCCCUGAUUGUCCUGUGCGUACUGCUGAGCGUGUUGUAUUAUGAGUGUAUCACUAUACUGUAGGGCGCUGUCAUGUCUGAUGGUGGCCCUGAAUCACUUAUGGCCUGGCGUGGCCUGUACAAAG